AUGGAGCAGAAGUCAACAUCUCCUCAUAAACACCCUGUGAAAAGCAGGUCCAAAUCCACUGAGGAGAUACAGCAAGCUAAGAAGGCCUUCCACACCCCCCAGAAGUCCUUACCUGGUAGGCCAGAUUUGGAGAAAGUGAAGAUGUUCACAGCAGCAACUGUCCCAGAAGGCAUGGCAUCAUCACGUCCAAUAAGAAUAAUCUCAACUAGAACAGAACAAGCAAUCAACUGCAACGGUGAUAGUUUCCAUGGUACCAGUUCCUGUCAGGACCCUGAGCUGGACAUGCAUGGGCAGGGGGACACAGGCAUCGGGUCCACUUUGGACCUCAUCAGCUGCUGUGAGAGGAAUACCAGAAGGCCUGAUUCUCCUCCUGAAAAAUCUUGGCAUGGUGGAAGUCCUUCAAAGGUCCAAGCUUCAUCUGAGACCAUCAGUGAAGAGACAGGCAGAAUGAAAUCAUUCUUAAUAAAGGUCCUUAAGAUUCCGCUACUCUUCCUCCUCCUCUUCACAUUCAUAUGCUCCCUAGACACCCUGAGCUCUGCCUUUCAACUGGCUGGAGGUAAGGUGGCAGGCGAUAUUUUCCAGGACAAUGCCAUUCUGUCAAACCCAGUAGCAGGCUUGGUGGUGGGUAUACUAGUGACGGUCUUGGUGCAAAGCUCCAGCACCUCCACCUCCAUUGUUGUGAGCAUGGUGUCCUCUGGAUUGCUUGAGGUAAAAUCUGCUGUCCCCAUUAUAAUGGGAUCCAACAUUGGAACAUCAGUCACAAACACCAUAGUGGCCCUAAUGCAGGCAGGAGACAGAAAUGAAUUCAGACGUGCUUUUGCAGGUGCCACCAUCCAUGACUGUUUUAACUGGCUGUCUGUGCUGGUACUGUUGCCUCUGGAGGUGGCUGCAGGGUUGAUCAGUUACCUUGCCCAUAUGGUAGUGAAAAGCUUUGAGAUCCAGAGUGGAGAUCAAGCUCCUGAACUGCUCAAAGUCAUCACUGAACCUGUCACUAAGCUUAUCAUACAGCUGGACAAGUCAGUGAUUACUGGAAUUGCAAUGGGAGAGGAGAACAUUAGAAACAAGAGUCUGGUCAAAGUUUGGUGCAAAACAAGCUUCAUUACGACCACUGUAAAUAUGUCUGUGAGUGAAGGCCACAACUGCUCCUCUCCAGGGCUCUGUUGGCAAGCUGGUAAUCAAACCUGGGCAAAACAGAACCUCACCUCACAAGUCAAUGUUGAAAAAUGCAGGCACCUGUUUGUGGACUCUCACAUGUCAGACCUGGCCGUGGGUCUGAUUUUACUGGCUGCUUCCCUGGUGGUGCUCUGCUCUUGCCUCAUACUACUUGUGAAGAUACUUAAUUCUCUUCUGAAAGGCCAAGUGGCAAAGGCCAUUGAAGUCGCAGUAAACACAGACUUCCCAUAUCCUUUUGGGUGGCUUGCUGGCUAUCUUGCCAUGUUAAUGGGCGCAGGCAUGACCUUCGUGGUCCAGAGCAGCUCAGUAUUCACCUCUGCAAUGACUCCACUUAUAGGCAUUGGGGUGAUCAGCCUGGAAAGAGCUUAUCCACUAACACUGGGAUCAAACAUUGGCACUACAACCACAGCUAUUCUGGCUGCUCUUGCAAGCCCUGGAGACAAACUUGCUGCUGCCUGUCAGGUUGCUUUAUGUCAUUUUUUCUUCAACAUCUUUGGGAUCCUCCUGUGGUAUCCAGUGCCAUUCAUGCGGCUGCCAAUUCGUAUGGCAUCUGCCCUGGGCAACCGGACAGCUAAGUAUCGCUGGUUUGCUGUGCUUUACCUGGUUGUCUGCUUCCUUUUGUUGCCGUCGGUGGUUUUUGGCCUCUCCAUGGCUGGCUGGCGCACUAUGGCUGGAGUAGGGGCACCUUUCAUUGGGAUCACGAUCUUCAUUAUCCUAGUGAACUUGCUACAGUCUCAUAGCCCUCACUAUUUGCCCAAGCAGAUGCAAAACUGGGAGUUUUUGCCUCACUGGAUGCAUUCACUCAAACCCCUGGACAGGAUCAUCACCAAGGCAACUGUGUGCUGCACCCCUGUUCGGACCAACCUAGAUCCAGAACCAACGGCACACGCCGACACUCCGACUGUUGCCCCUGCAUCAACGGCUGUGCAAAGGAAAACACACUUAGCCUUUGAUAACCCUGCCCUUUCAUUUUGGGACGAAACAUCUCCACAGCCUCGCGUCUUCAAAUUACGAGGUCUGGAAAGGUGUAACAGCACUCCGCUCUAG